AUGCCUUCCCCAUUGGCCGACCCUGUCAAGCUGCCCUGUGGCCUCGUUUUGCCUAACAGACUUUCGAAAGUAUUUGAGCCCCAACCAAAAUAUCAUUGGACAAUAUGCUCACUUUCAGAUCAGGCUGCCAUGGCAGAGAUGAUGGCUAAAAGCAACCAUCCCAACGACAGAUUCUUCGAUGCGUACGAGCAAUGGUCCCAGGGCGGUUGGGGCAGUAUUCUCACCGGCAAUGUCCAAGUCGAUGUUGAUUAUUUGGGUAGUCCAUUUGACCCUGCUUUGCAUGAUGAAUAUACUGGCGAUAAGACGCUUGUUGCAACCUGGAAGAAAUAUGCCGAUGCCUGUCAGAAACACGGCACCCCGGGCAUUGUCCAGAUCUGCCACCCUGGUCGACAGUCGUUUCGAGUCGCGGGGCGCCGUGGGAUGUUUGCGCAGACAAUUGCGCCAAGUGCUGUUCCGAUGGAUGUCGGCAGUGGUCUACUAGAGCGGAUCAUUGCGACGGUGGCAUGGUCGACUCCACGAGAGAUGACUCAGGCUGAUAUUGAAAAGGCCAUCCGGCAUUUUGUGGACACUUCUCGUCUAAUGGCUGAUGCUGGGUUCUCGGGCGUGGAAUUGCAUGGUGCCCAUGGUUAUUUACUCGAUCAAUUCCUAAAUAGCAAGACUAAUCUGCGCACUGACAAAUACGGCGGCACUGCAGAGAAACGCGCCCGUUUCGUUCUUGAGAUCCUGUCCGAAAUCCGCAAAGUCGUGCCAUCAACCUUCUGCAUUGGCAUCAAAAUAAAUUCCGCUGACCACAGCUCUGCUACCUUCGAAGACACCAUGACCCAGAUUAAGCUCCUGGUCGAGGCCGGUGUCGACUUUAUGGAGAUCAGCGGAGGAACAUACGAGGACCCCCGAAUGAUGGGAUACCCCAGCUCAACCAGCGAGCCCAAAUCUGCUCGCACUAUGGCGAGGGAGGCAUUUUUCUUAGAAUUUGCGAAAGCUGUUCGCGAACGGCAUCCUGAUCUAGUGCUCAUGCUCACCGGCGGGUUCCGGACGCGCGCAGGUGCAGAGGCAGCUAUCCGCGACAAUGCUUGUGAUCUAGUUGGCAUCGGUCGGCCCGCUGCGAUUGAUCCAAAACUUCCACUUCUCCUGAUGGAUGAGAGCGUACCUGAUGAGAAGGCGGCAUUGCCGCUGGCUAAGGUGCCCCCGCCAUUCUAUGCAAAGUGGCUGCCCCGGAACCUUAUCGGCGCUGGCGCUGAAACUACCUAUUAUGCGGGUCAGAUUCAGCGGUUUGCGAAAGGACUGGCUACUUAUGCCCCGGCUCUGUGA